AAGGAAAAGAGAAACCGAAAUCGCCUUUCCCCUCAUCCCCCCCUUCUAACCACGUGACCUUCCCCUCUCCCGCAGGUGCUGUACAACAUGGCCAUCUGGGUGAACGACACGGCGCGCUGCCCGCCCGCCUCCCCUCGCCGCGCCCUCUGUCAACGUGUCCCUCACAGGCACCGUGCCACAGGAGCCCCUCACCUUCCGGCUGGACCUCCCCUGCACCGGAAGCCGCAGCGCCGAGGUCGACGUCAUCUUCAACAUCAACGUGACGUCACCCAGGCCGCGUCAGCCGCCCACGGUUCUCUACUUCAGGAGGAGGAAGAUCUGCCUCGAGGGACACUCAGCUGAGAUGUAUGCUCCUCACUUGGGGCCCCUGGGAGAGGGGGCGACGCUCCCCGUGGUGUAUUACGUUGUGCCCGCCCUCGGGGGCCUCACGCUCGUCGUCACCAUCAUCGUCGUCGUCGCCUUCGUCAGGAGGAGGAAGCUGAAGAGGGACCGGGAUCAUAGGAUUCUUGGCAUCAACGACCUGGGCGUGAAGGCGCGCCCGAUGACCAACUCGACGCUGCUCCGGGCGGCGACGCCCAACAACAACACGUACACGCUGCCUUCCUCCGUCACCAUCAACUCGUACGCGUCUCUGAGGAAGCUCACCACGCCCAUCACGCCCCUCACGCCCCUCACGCCCGCCCACUCCCUGCCUCACGCCCCUGCCACGGUGUCCCUGACGCCGUGCAGCAGGGAGAGCGGGAGCAGGGAGGCCUGCGACGCCUCGAGGGACAGCGGAAGCAGAGACACCUGCCAGAGCUCCAGUUCCCUCAGCAGAUCGGAGGUGAUCGUGGACCCUUCGGCGGCGGAGCUGCAGGAGAGGUUCCGCCAGAUGGAGGUGGAGCGGCAGCGCGUGCGGCUGACGGCGGUGGCGCACGAGGGCUCCUUCGGGCGCGUGUUCCGCGGCUGGAUCCAGCGCGACCGGCCGGAGCAGGACCAGCAGGUGCUGAUCAAGACGGUGACGGAGGGCGCGCCGCACGACGAGGUGGUGGCGCUGUACCGCGACGGGACGCACCUGUUCAACCUGUACCACCGCAACGUGCUCACCAUGGUGGGCAUCUCCUUCGCCGACAACUCCUCGCCCUUCCUCAUCUACCCCUUCCACGGAUAUAGCAACCUCAAGCUAUACCUUCAGGAGCACCGGGGCGGCCACCUGCGAGCCACGGAGCUGGUGGAGUUGGCUGUCCAGGCGGCACACGGACUCGCCUUCCUGCACACGGCCAACGUCCUGCACGGGGACGUCGGCGCCAGGAACUGCGUCGUGAGUGAGAAACUCCAGCUGCGCAUCACGGACGCAGCUCUCUCGCGGGACCUCUUCCCCAGCGACUACGAGGCGGUGGGGGCCGAGCUCGCCAGGCCUAUCAAGUGGCUGGCCUACGAGGCUAUCACGGACAGGAUCAUCUCGACGGCCAGUGACGUGUGGUCCUACGGCGUGCUGCUGUGGGAGCUGACGACGCUGGCGCAGCAGCCGUACGUGGAGGUCGCCGCCUGCGAGAUGGGCGAGUACCUGCGCGACGGCUACCGGUUGGCGCAGCCGCUCAACUGCCCCGACGACCUGUACAAGGUGAUGGCCUUCUGCUGGGCCAUCCACCCGCACGACCGGCCGCACGCCAAGCUCAUCCUCGACUACCUGGCCGCCUUCCACCAGCAGCUCAACAGCUUCAUCUGAUAUAGGGAGGCCGGAGGAGGAGGAGGAGGAGGAGGAGCAGGAGCAGCAGGACGGCGACGGGGGAGGAGCCGCAGCGGCGUCGAGCGGGAAGAAGAAGACGGCCAAGAAGGACGCGAAGGGCGACGAGACGAAGAGGAGGUCGAGGGUGGUCGUGGUGGCGGGCGCGGCGGCGGCGGAGGCGACCGGGGGGAGGCCAAGAGGAGUUGAAGGAAGACCAAAAAGAACACACGAGGUUACGAUGCUUUAAUUUUCCCCUUGUGGGAAAAAAAAAAAAAAAAACAAGAAAAAUUAUAUUAAUCAAUAGAUAAAGCAUGAUGAUAUAAAACAUAAAUGAUGAAAGAGGGAAAGAUGAAAGACAAGAAAAGACAAAAAAAAAAAAAAAAAAGUCUGUAAUCUUUCCCGCGACCUAUACGAAGCCUAUCCUCGCCCCCCCCCUUCGCCCCGCCCCUUUCCCUGUGGCACCUCCACAUUUUUUUCCUUACAAAAAUAUGGAGCAUCGCCACGCAGACGAGGGCGUGAAGGGCGAGGAUCCCGAAUCACGAACCUCGGAAUUUCUGAAGGAUUGAAGGCGCGGAGGCUUUCGGCGGCGAGGGCUUCGUCCCGGGUUCCUCCGAGCCUGCGACUGGGGCUUCGAGGGGGGCG